CAUUACUAACCGAGCGCUGUGUUAUCGUAGCGGCGCUUGACGUUCGGGCGGGCAGGACUCGGCUGAACGCGAACAGGUUUCGCCAGGGCUGGUUUUCGCCUUGAAGCUGAAUAGCGUUUGGGUGGGGUUUCAUCCGACAUCAGGAAUGCACCGCGGAUGCGUUUGCUGAACAGGGGUGAAUGCUGUCUACUUUUUAAGAACGGAAUAAAGUUUCUUCGCCGACGUCUGCUAGUAACCCCACCGUUGUUUCCACAGUGAAGGUUGUUUAACUGUUCCACCAUGGCCCGUCUCUCCCAGAGUUCGUCAGUGGGGGACAAUCCAAUGGAUCCAAACUACCUGCGUCCGCAUUACCGGGAAGAGUAUCGCAUGGCCAUCGAUGCACUGGUGGAGGAAGACGCUGAGGGCUAUUACAACUUCUUACAAAACGCUAAUGUAUCCGACUUCUUAUCAAGGCCUGAGAUUGAAUAUAUUAAAAGUACUGUACAUACGCCACAAAGCGCUGGAAAUUUACCAGAAUUGGCGUAUGGGGAGGUAGAUGAGGAAGGGUCUUCUGACACCUAUUGGCCGAUGCAUUCUGACUUGGAUGCACCAGGACUGGAUCUCGGAUGGCCUCUACAGCAACAUAGCUUUAUGGGUCCCACAGAGGUCACAACGUUGGUAAACCCCUCGGAUCCUGAAAUGCCCAGCAUUAAGGAACAGGCCCGGCAACUCAUCAAAAAUGCUCAUCAGGUUAUUGCAGUGGUGAUGGAUAUUUUCACAGAUGUUGAUAUAUUUUCUGAUCUUCUGGAUGCUGCAGCACGUCAUGUGCCUGUCUAUAUUCUGCUGGAUGAACACAAUUCCCAUCUUUUUGUUGCUAUGGUGACGAGCUGCAAAGUUAACCUGGAGAUGAUCCAUAUGAUACGGGUACGGACAGUGGCAGGCAUCACUUAUUUCUGCCGUACAGGAAAAUCAUUUAAAGGUCAGGUGAUGGACCGUUUCCUUCUGACAGACUGCAGGGCGGUGCUCAGUGGAAACUAUAGCUUCAUGUGGUCUUUUGAGAAGAUCCAUCGCUGCAUUGCCCAUUUGUUCCUUGGAGAACUAGUUGCUGCUUUUGACGAGGAGUUCCGUAUCUUGUUUGCUCAGUCUCAGCCUCUCAUUGUCGAAAAUGCCCUCGUACCCAUGCCACAGGACAACACAAGCAAUUACUUUGGAAACCAGUUUGGUUUAAACAGGACUCAGUCACUGAGGAACCCCAGAGGAUUUCAACGACAAAUAGAACUUUCUGGUUACCCUUUUGGAGACCGUGUUGACUCUGUACUGCCUUUUCGGAGGGAUGACCCGUUCCGCCACACGCUUGAGCCAGGCGCAGGUGCUAUGCAGGUCACAAAACAAGUAUCACAGCAGUUAAAGAUGCAACAGUCAUUCUUGGAUCAAGGACGGUCGAUGUUCGCUUCCAGGCAAGUGGAAACGAAUGCCUUCAAGAGGCACAGCUAUGCCGAGGGCACCCGGGAGACCUACGCUGCCUCCCGACAGUACAUGAAACAUCGGGUUAUGAACAACUUAGAGGAGAGUGAAUCACAUUACCAGAGAGAGCAGCAUUUCUAUCAGGGACAGGGUGAGGGUGUAGGAUCUGAUUUGGAGCAUGGGCGCUAUGACCGCAUUGCCUAUGGAAUGCAGCAGACGGAUCGAUACUCUGAAUCUGGAUAUCCCCCUGAACUGGAAGCACCAGGAAGUCUUAAUGUUUUAUCAUCCGAUGACCUCCAUAGUGAUUCUGGAAAACAAUACAAUGCAGGAGGGCGCUACGACCCGCAAAGCCACAAGAGGCCUGCUGCGGGCCACGCUUAUGCUUGUCAGAGUUCGCCAACUCAACCAAAUCCUCCGGACCACAUGCAAAUGUUGUCCACCGGAGAGCAGGGACGACAGACACAGGACCCAACUGUGAAGCAAGGAUUACGGAGCUGGAGAAUCAACUCUUUUCUCAACACCUAUGAAGAUGGUGAAGAGGAGGGCCUGAAUCGGCCGACAGGUCCAGAUGCUUUUGAUGAGCCACAGCAACAACCUGACAGCAAACCAUUUUAUGCAGAGGCACCAGCUUCUUAUUUCAAGCCACGCUUUGGAAAACCCAUCAUACCAGACAGGAGUCUAGUUAAAGAUAGUAACUAUGAUCUGGGUCCUACAGGUACUGAAAGUUUAAUGAAGCCAGCAAUUUCAGCGACGUCACUAGCAUCAUCGACAGACAAUGACAAAGAGAUGGAGGUUCGAGAACCUAGAGAGACCAGCAUUACAAAGCAUGAGUCGUUCCGAACUCGGAUGAACCCAAUGCUGCAGAGAAGCUCAAGAUUACGCUCGUCUUUAAUCUUUAGUUCCUCUAAAUUGGAGCAACACAGCUCCUCUCAGAUUAAGUCUGGUGGGGAGUUACAAGAGGAGAAAGAUGAGAAUGAGCCUGUUCGGUACUCAUCCAUUGUGGCAGAGAUUCUGGAGAAGAGAAGAUCACUUUCAAGAGAGCCUUUUGACUGGAGUAAGCAUAAAAGAACAGAUGAGAAAGAUAGCAAAAAUUCAUCGACUGGAGAUUUAACGACACUCAAAGAUACCAGCAAAAUCAAAGAGGAGCCCAUUAAAGAAAAGGAGAAGCCUGAAAACCGGGUAACUGAGGACCAAAAUAAAAUUAUACAGCCGACAGAGCCUUUAAAAACUCAGCCAACACCUUCUUAUCUAAACAUGAAUGAUCCAGCAAGCCGACUUCAGUACUUUAAAGACCUGGCAGCACAGAGAAAAGCCCCAAAAUUGAAUAUAGAAGUAGGGUCAAGUCGAGAACCAGCUGUCGGACCAAAGUCAGACAUCUCUGAUAGGUCACCAAGUGUAACAACAACCAAAUUUCCAAAUGCGUCCAUUACUACUUCACAUGAGUCCACUGUAAUAAGACAAGACCCUGUAGUAAUGCAACCAGAACCCAUUGCAAAGCACCCAGACAUCCCACCGAAACCCAAACCUUUCGAACUCAGUGUUGACAAGAAAUACCCAAACAGUAAACCUCUGACAGAAAACAAGGCUGAUGCGUCAAAGAAAGAGCCAGCUAAGGAACCCACCAAGACAAAUAAGCCUUUCCCCUCACCCAAGUUCUUAAAACCGUUCAAAGCCCAAGCUCGUCGGAUAUCAUGCGGUGAGGAGAUUCUCACGGACGCAACCGAUUCUGAAAAGAGCGAACUAAAGAAAUCUCGCAGUUUCAGUACUUCGGGCAUAACGCACACAGAGUCCAAAGAAGGCCUAACCCGUCAGGGAUCCAAUGCCUCCAUAAACCUUGUGGGUUCUGAUGGCAAAGAUACAAAGGCCCUCGACUUCCUGAAGAAACAAACACAAAGAUUAAAAGGUUUGCUUGGGCCAAAAGGAGAAAAGAAGCAUUCAGGCUCUCCAGAGGACAAGACGAUGAAAACAGUUCAUGAGGUACUAGAGGAGCCCCCAAACAAAGAGAAACCUUCAGAAUCGGAAAACAACAAACCCAUUAUUAAAUCAACACAAUCACGGUAUCAGUCUUCUACCUCUAAUGUGAUAUUCAGCAGCAACCUCAGGGACGAUACAAAGGUAAUUCUUGAGCAAAUUUCUGCAAAUAGUCAGAAGAAUAGACAGGAAUUGGCAAAGCAGGCUGAAGAGUCUGGGAAAGCAGAAGGAGACAAGAAAGAUGACGUUUCCAACUCGUCCUUUCAGUAUCAAAGCCAGAAACGGUUCGGACGCACUCCGGUCAAUCCGCAGGAGAGGGACAAUCUGCUGAAGAGAAUAGAGAGCAUGCGCAAAGAGAAGAAAGUCUACAGUCGUUUUGAGAUGGGCAAUAACCUGGGAUAACAAAAUAUGGAGGAAUGGACCAAUGUUUCCGAAGAGAACUGUACAGAAUCCUCACUUAUAAGUUGUCCCAUCAGUACAAAACAUGCCUGAUAUUGCUGUGUAAGACACAGAAAAGCAAGUAAGUCGCUUCAGAUAAAAGCAUCUGCUAAACGACAAGUAACAAUAGUAGUAGUCCAUGGAUCUCCUAUAUAUAUAUAACAGACCACGAAAAUAGCACAACCACAAAAAUGAGGAGUCUCGCUGCAGCGGGAGGAAUAUUCCUCACUCUGUGCCAAUCUUAGCCCAAAGACAAUUUAAAUUGCCCUUAUAUGGCAUCGGGCAUACCUCAUAACAGUACUCGCACACCAUUCCUGCUAAACAGCAAAAGAAAUCAGGCCAAAGGAAAGUUUGAACUUCCAGAGACUUUUCUCAAACUUUUCUUUUUUACUGGAACGUUUAAGUCGUCAUGAUGUGCGGAUUCUGGUUAGGAAAAUAACAUGCCUGGGCGGAAGAUAUGCCACGCAGAAGGGACCAAACACAGUUUCACUAUCGUACACUACACAAACACCUCCAGGACAUGUCACACUGAAAAUGGUAUGACUCUGUGCCAACGGAUUUAAUACAUAAAGGAAAUCAACAUGGUAGAAAAUGUUUUUUACAUUUGAAAGGACCACACAAAACUGUCAAAUGAGAUAACAAGAAAGAAUGCAAGGGAUGUGUGAAGGUAACAUGAAUGAAAGGCGAGGUGUUCCUCCAGUUUUCAUUUUCUCUAUUAAUAGACGGAUGUCAGGGAAGUGGAAUUCAAUGAAAUAGUCACACCAAGGGCUGGGCUCCAAACGCAAAAGUUUUAUUACAAGGAACAAUAAAUCAGAACUUGCAGUGUAUUGAUUUAAAACCAACUAGAAAUGUACAUUCACUGUGUUUUCAGGAGGAAUUGUAAAAUAUGAUGUUGAUAAAGAUGUUCUCAGGACGGGGCUCAGAACGGUAUUACUGAAAACCAAAUAAUUCCUAGAGCGCCCUACUAAAAUGUGUCAUAGGACUGAUCAAUGCAGACUUGAAACUGGUCUAAUGAGGGAUAUUGAAGUGUUUGAUGGAAUUUGGUAUUUAUAGUCUUUCUAGUCAAUUGCUGAGCUGAGACGUGAAAGUCAUUCCAAUGAUGAAUGUGUAUACAUACAAAUUUGGGUAAUUUAGACAUGUUUACAUUUUUUUUAAUUGUCAUAUGAAUUCUGAAUAAAUGGUUGACAAACUUUUA